AUGAAGCUUAUACCAGGUAUAAUUUCACAAUAUCGGUUGACUUUCAUUACAUUCAUUUCUUAUAUUGGCAAUUUGGACUCUAGUACUAUUGAUGACAUCUCCCAAGUUAGAGCGGCAAGCAUUAAUGGUAACCUAUUAAAGUUAGAGUUAGAAGGUGUGUCACGCACAAAGGUAAAUAACAUUGUGUUGAAAUCAGAAGGCCAACUUAUGACUUUGAGUGUUAACUUUUAUAUGGGGAUUGUUGAUGUUAAUAUGAGGAGUGUUAAA